AUGGAUGCCAGCAACACCGUCUUCCUGAUCGACGGCAGCUCCCAGAUGUACCGUGCGUUCCACGCGAUACGGGGGCUGAGCGCGCCGGACGGCCGGCCGACGAACGCCGUCUUCGGUUUCGUCACGAUGCUGCGCAAGCUCAUCGCCGACCAUCGGCCGGCCCUGAUUGCCGCCGCCUUCGACGUCCGGGGACCGACCUUCCGGAACGAGCUCGCGGCCGACUACAAGGCGAACCGGGCGCCGAUGCCGCCCGACCUGCGCGAGCAGGUCCCGCAUGUGCACGAGGCGUGCGAGGCGCUCGGCGUGCCGGUGCUCACGUACGAGACGUUCGAGGCCGACGACGUCAUCGGGACGCUCGUCGGGCAGGCGCGCGCGGCCGGGUUCGAGGUGGCGAUCGUCACCGGCGACAAGGACUUCUUCCAGCUCGUCGGCGACGGCGUGUCCGUCUUCAACCCGCGCGACCCCGGCACGUGGUACGACGCCGGCGGCGUGCAGGCGAAGUUCGGCGUCGGGCCCGAGCAGGUGAUCGACGUCCUGGCCCUGAUGGGCGACGCCGUCGACAACGUGAAGGGCGUCCCCGGCAUCGGCGAGAAGGGCGCCCGCGAGCUGAUCGCGGCGCACGGCUCCCUCGAUGCACUGCUGGAGCACACGGCGGACGUCAAGAAGAAGAGACAACGAACGGCGCUCGAGCAGCACGCGGACGAGGCGCGCAGGAGCCGCGAGCUGGUCACCAUCCGGACGGACGUGCCGGUCCCGUUCGAGCCGGACAAGCUCCGCUACCGCGGCCCGUCACCCGACCAUUGCUUCACGCUCUUCACGGCGCUCGGCUUCCGGACCCUCGUGCCCGAGUACGCGCCGACGGCAACGACCGUCGAAAAGGACUACGGCGUGGUGCGGUCCGAAUCGGAACUCGCGGCGCUGCUCGACGCCAUCGGGCGCGCCGGGCGGGUCGGCCUCGCGUAG